UGCAGCUACAGUAGGAUUCUGUCCGUGUCGCUAGAAGGACUAGAAGGAUGAGAGCAGUCGAAACAGCAAGCUGUGCGUGAUAACAACUUUGGAGUUUCCACACAACUGGGGAAUAUUACUCAAUAUUUUGACAGAGAAGUUUACAGAGACACAGCGGUUUCAGCACUUGUUGCCAGUGAACAGUGAGGAUGUGGAGACUAGAAGCUUUACUGCUCUGCCUGCUCCUGCCUUGCAUAAGGGCAGCGGACGUGGAGGACCUUCAAGCAGGUUGCAGCACAGCCGCCAAUGACCUAGUGUACAUCAUCGACGGGUCCUCGAGCGUGGGGAUCCCAGACUUCGAGAAGGCCAAACAGUGGAUCAUGGACAUCACCAGCGGCUUCGACGUGAGCUCCAGGCACACGCAGGUAGCCGUGGUGCAGUACAGCGACACGCCACGUAUGGAGAUCGCUCUCGGACAUAAGCAAAACAACGAGGACCUUCUCGGCGCGAUCGCGGCCAUCACCUACUUGGGCGGCAAGACGCAGACCGGCCGCGCAAUCAAAUUCGCCACGGACCACGUCUUCGCCUCGCACAACCGCACUCUGCCGGCCAGAAACCGCAUCGCCAUCGUGCUGACGGACGGCCGCUCUCAGGACGACGUGGUGGACGCAGCGAUGGAGGCCAAAGCUCAAAAUAUCGUUUUGUUUGCUGUGGGCGUCGGCAACGAAAUAACCAACUCCGAAUUGGUCUCCAUGGCCAACAGUCCUCCCUCUACCUAUGUGCUAUAUACAGAAGACUACACCUCCAUUGGGAACAUCAAAGAUGUGAUGGAACAGAAACUGUGCGAAGAGUCUGUUUGUCCACUGAGGAUAGCUGACACCAAUGAGAAGGGCUUCGACCUGCUGAGUGGGAUGCAGAUUGACAUGAUUGCCAAUAAGGUGCAGGGCUCCCUCAGCACAGAGGCAGCCUACCAGCUCACCGCUCGACUGGACAUCUCCCUCAACACAAGGUUCCUGUUCCCCGAGGGCCUGCCUCCCUCCUAUGUGUUCGUGGCCACGCUGCGCGUGAAGAGCCCCGUGCACCAGGUGAAGUUCGACCUGUGGAGGAUCCUCUCCCAGGACGGGAAGAAGCAGGUGGCCAUCUCCCUGAACGGAGCCGAGAAGUCCAUCACCUUCACCACCACCAGCCUGCUGCAGAAGAAGGAGCAGUCCGUCAUAUUCAACCACGGCGGAAUCAAGAGGCUCUUCAACACCAACUGGCACCAGCUGAAGUUCCUGGUGAAGCCCAAGCGCGUGACGUGUUUCCUGGACGGCGUGCAGAUCGAGGAGCAGCUGCUUGACCCCGUGGCUCCCAUCUUCAUCAACGGACGCACGCAGGUCGCCAAGAAGAUCGGCCUGGAGAGCACCGUGCCGAUUCUUAUUCAGAAAUUACGACUGUACUGUGACCCAGCGCAAAGCGACAGAGAGACUGCCUGUGAAAUCUUAACAGUGUGUCCUUUGGAUCGCUCCGCUGUUCAGGGAAACUGUGACUGCCCCUCUGGAAAGCCUGGGCCUCCUGGCCUCCCCGGACCCAUGGGCUUCCGAGGAGAGAAGGGCCGCGAGGGGCCCCCUGGUCCUGACGGUAAGCCUGGUAAACAAGGAGAGCGUGGAGUCGCAGGUGAACCAGGAAAGAACGGGGACAAGGGUGAAGCAGGUCUUCAUGGGAUGAAGGGGGAGAGGGGGAUCGGUGGACCUAAGGGAGACGCAGGUGAACCAGGGCCUCCAGGACUGCCUGGACCCACAGGCCCAGGGUAUUCACACCUUGACUUGAACGAAAUCAGCCUGACAGGUGUCAAGGGUAUCCAGGGGGAGAUGGGGGCUCCUGGACUGCCUGGACAACCUGGAGCAGCAGGAGAACCUGGACCAGCGGGUGAACCUGGGCUACCUGGGACGGAUGGUCUUCCUGGUGCUGCGGGACCUCAGGGUGAGAAGGGGGAGUCAGGGGACUGUGGCAGCGAUGGACACAGCGGAGUCCCAGGUAUCCGUGGCCUACCAGGAGACGUGGGUCCCGCUGGCCCCCCGGGGGAGAAAGGCUUACCUGGCCCAAUCGGGCCUCCCGGGCCAAAAGGUCCUUUGGGUCUGCCUGGUCAAGCUGGUCCACCAGGAACUGCAGGUCACGAAGGCGUGAAGGGUAGUCCUGGCCUACGUGGACAAGAGGGGCCUGCUGGGGCGCCUGGUCCUAAAGGGACGGAUGGGAUGCCGGGGCCAGAGGGGCCGCCUGGAAGCAGGGGCAUGCCAGGGUUCAAAGGUCACAAGGGAGAGGCAGGUGAUCCCGGGCCCAAAGGCAGUCAGGGCGUAAGGGGCACGGACGGGCUGGCUGGAACACCUGGAAUACCUGGAACUGCUGGUAUUCGUGGGAGCAAGGGGGAAAGAGGAGAGGCGGGGGAGCCCGGGGUGAACGGGGCGGACGGCAGGAAAGGAGACCUGGGCCCCAUAGGAGUGGCGGGGCCCCGGGGGUUCACAGGCCAAGACGGAGCACCGGGGUUGCCAGGUGUACCGGGGUACCCAGGAAAACCUGGAAAGUCCCCCUCUGAGGAGCAGCUGAUGAAGAUAUGUGCCACCGUGCUGCAGAACCAGCUUCCCCAGUACAUAGCCAUGCUAGGGUCCCGUAGCUGUCGCAACUGUGAGUCGACCCAGGGGCCACCAGGAGAGCCAGGCCCCGCUGGCCCCAAGGGCCCCGACGGCAGCCCAGGGUACCCUGGCCGACCCGGCACUCAGGGCUACCCCGGCACGCCCGGACGCAGAGGAGCGCCAGGGCUCAAAGGUGACAUUGGGCCAGCCGGCAUGAAGGGGUCGAAAGGCGACGGGGAGGUCGGCAUGACAGGCCCACCUGGCCCUGCAGGUCUGCAAGGGCCGCGUGGAAGCGAUGGCCAGGGCUACCCAGGGCCGCCAGGGGAGCCAGGCAAGUCGGGAGUGCCGGGUAUGCCGGGCAAGCGGGGAGCCCCAGGGGACACGGGCGUCUGCGACCCCUCCUCCUGCUACCAGGCCUACAGACAGGACAGCUACAGCAAAGGACCCAACUUCUGAACACAACAGAAACCCACAUCCUCUCAGAGCGCCUGAACUGACCAGUGCCAGAGAGAGAGAGAGAGAGAGAGAGAGAGAGAGAGAGAGAGAGAGAGAGAGAGAUCUCCCUCACAAUCAGAGUGGAGCGUCCUUUCAUCCGCUCUCCUUGAAACGACAACAGACAUCAUACGCAUGUGGUCGGGACUUUAUAAAUUACUGCAGAAUUACCUCUGGCCUUACUGUCAAACAUGGGGACGGGUCACGUGACUGAGAUUCAGAUACAGUAGACGAGGCGUCUUUUGGUCUCAACAAACUGCUGAAAGCCUACAGACCUCCACAGCACAGUCAAAGCAUUGGCAUUGUAUAGCAUAAAUUGAGGUCUUUCUCUGGGGAAUGCAUUGGAAAAACACAGCACAGAUAAGAUCCUAUGAGAGCGACAUUCACCACAAGUACGCCAAACUGAUCCAUUGUUUGUAUGUUUAUUACGUUUUUUUUUUAUUGUUUCUACUCACACCGUUGAACAGACAACCUCACCAGUGUUCAAGAUUCUGAUAUUUCUGGUUCCUGUAUGUUCCUAUCUUUUUUCAGAAAGUGUGCUCAACUCCCAGCUGAUUCUCACAAGGUCUUUGUGUGCGUGUGAACAGCAACGUUCAUAUUUAGUAGAAAAGUCGCACUCUCUGGUGUUAUUGUUGUAUUUUAUUCUAGUGGGUUAGCAUGACAGACAGAUAUUUCGGCCUAAGCCUUCUUCAGCAUCGCAGACCCACUAGAAAAAUAUACUAGAAUCACACCCGAGAGUGUGGCUUUUCUCAUGUAUGUUCCCAUGCAGACAGAAAAAAAAUGCACUUCGUCGCCUGCAAGUCCUGCUACCUCUUUGUUCGAUGUGAGUCAAAACAUGCAGUAUUUAACCACAUACCACGUCUACUAAAGGAUAGGGAAGAUGGUGUCUGUGAAAAACAAACGCUGGUCUGACUUUUUGGGGAACAAAAUUAGUCAUUAUUAUGACUCAUAAUGCUGAGCUUAAAGGCCAGCAUGGUGUUUUGAAGCAAUGCCGAUUAUAUGGUGCUUUAUUAAAUCAGACUGGGUUUGCAAGCAUUGCAUGCUAUGUCUAUGUGCGAUUUUCUUUCUCUUUAAGACUACUAAACAUUGUAUUGCUGUCCCCGACUCUUCAGUCCCUCAAGUACUCCAAACACUUUCCCUGUUAAUUAAUCUAGUAGAUAUUUUCACACUUUAAAAAUUCUGUUGUUGCACACUCUGAUGACGCCUACUUUCUAUCUAUUCAUAAACCAAAGGAAGACUUUUGGCCUAUGGAGUAUGACUGUGUGUUUUUUGUAUUUUCUUUUUUUAUUGUUGUUUUUAAAUACAUCAUUAUUGCAUUUUUUUGUUUUCAUGCAGAAAGUUUUGAUUAUAUGAGCAGUGUCUUAUUUCUAAC